CAGGGCCCAACGCCGUCCAUUUCCGUUCUCUCCACUAAACCCAAAAAGCCGCAACGCAAACCCUAGCCUCCAGCACAAACCCCAGCCGCCGGCGAGGGACACGCCUCGAGCCUCGAGCGCGGCGGGCGAGGAGGAGAGAGCUAGAUAGAGAUGGGACGGCCGUACGCGGUGAAGGGGCGCAAGAAGAAGCGCAGGCUCGACGAGGUGGCGGCCUCGGACGCCGCCCCGCCCGACGAAGAGGCGGAGGAUCUGCCUCCGCCAGAGGAGGCCGGCGGCGAGGACAAGGGGGAGGAGGAUGGGGCGGCGGCGGGGGAGGACGAGGAGGAGCACGCGGCGGUGGAGGGGCUCCCGGUCGUGCCCAGGCCGGUGGACGGGAAGCGGCGGCCCGGCGCCAUCUUCGUGCUCGAGAGGGCCUGCCUCGAGGUCGGCAAAGUCGGCAAGACUAUGCAAAUCUUGAACUCAGAUGAUCACGCUAAUUAUUUGAGGAAGCAGAAUCGCAAUCCUGCUGACUAUAGGCCUGAUAUCAUUCAUCAGGCUCUACUGGCGAUAUUUGACAGCCCUUUAACUAAAGCUGGAAGGCUACAAGCAGUUUAUGUGAGGACUGAAAAGGGAGUAUUGUUUGAAAUCAAACCUUAUGUCCGCAUGCCACGAACAUUUAAACGUUUUUGUGGUUUAAUGUCACAAUUGUUGCAAAAGCUGAGCAUUACAGCAGUUGGGAAACGUGAGAAGCUCCUUAAUGUUGUUAAAAAUCCUGUUACCCGCUAUCUACCUGUUGGUGCACGGAAAGUUGGCCUUUCAUUUAGCGCGGAGAAGUCAGUCAACUUGUUUGACUAUGUUGCUAAAUCCAGUGAUGAUGAACCCCUAGUGUUUGUGGUUGGUGCCAUGGCCCAUGGAAAGAUUGACAAGGAAUACACAGAUGAUUACAUCCAAAUUUGCAACUACCCUCUCAGUGCCGCCUGCUGUUUAAAUCGGAUAUGCAGCGCCCUGGAGCAGAAGUGGAACAUCCAAUGAACGGAAAUUUUUGAAACAAACAUGAAACAUCUGUGUACUCAGUAGCUAGUAGUAUGUCUUUUUUCUCCAUCUUACAUGUACUGCCUUUUUGAUCCAUACUUCGAGCUCCAACAGUAAACAUAUGACCAUUAAAUGCUUCAAAUUCAACGUUUCCUUAUGUUGCAUUUUAAA